GUAAGCUUUUGGCGCAUGCGCGUUGUCUUCUGAACUGUUUCGAAAACAGGACCGCGAAAAAUGGCCCGUCCGCUGACGACUUAACGCUGUGUGGUUUGCGAUUUUAUGCCCAAAGAUGUAUACACGAUUUGUGUCUUAACGUUGUGCAACUUGUUUGAGAUAGCAGACAUGAAGCCCGUACGUGGUUCUAACCGGGCAGCAUCAGAAGCACCUAACAUAAAAGAUAAGAAGAAAACAGACCAGAGCAAAAAGAAACAAGAAACUGAGCUUUGGGAUCCAGAGACCAAUGACAAUAGCAAGACAACCCACUCAAAACCAGCACAGAAGAGGAAAGCUGAAGGCUCGUCUUCAGUCCCUAACAAAGUCAAACGUCAUGAAAACUGGAAGAUGAUACAGCGAUCCUCCAUCACUGCUAUGGGGAACAUAAUGGACCUAUCAAUACUAGCAACUCUUGCUUUGAAGGGGACAGAGAAGAAAGAGAGCCAGGAACAUCUGAACAUAAUAAAGAACAGGUUUCUUGCUCAUUGUGCUCAGCUUAAAGCUCCAGUGCAGAAACAAAAACAUCUGGAGCGUUCAUCUCAACGCCACCAGGAGGAAACCAAGAAGUCAGUGGUUGGAAAGACGACUCUGAGCACCCUGGAGGAAGACUUGAGGGCUGUGGUCAGGGCUUUGGAGAGGACAGAGGAGCAGACUGUGUCUUUACAACGUUCAUGCACUGUGCUGAGAGACCAGGUGGAGGAAGAAGAGGAGAAAGCCAAAGAGAUCUUACAGAUACCUAAUCAAUCCAUUCUCAACCUUCUGCAUCUGCCUCCUCAAAAGGAUGAAACCGCUUUAGAGGCUCGGAUAAGAAAAAUUAUUCCAGACUCUGACUCUGAAAAAACUGCCCGGAAACUGAGCGAUAUUCUGCAGGGAUCAGAGGCCGUUCAGGAUGCUCAAGCACUGCUCCUACAGGCACACAAACAUGCUGAUCAGCUCUUCGAUCCUGCUUUCAACCCCAUCAACGGUGCACCUUGUUCAGCCUGGAACCUCACCAAAUCUGUCCUGACACAGAACUGAAAGUUUUUAAAAAGAAAAUGUACAUAUGUAAAAAGUUGCUUGUGCAAUUUUGCAGAUUUUUGGAGGCUUUGACAGAUUGGGAAAUAUUAGUCUUACUAUUACUCAGUUCCACUUUUUGUGUUGUUGUGGAACACCUGCAAUGAUUAAAAAAAUUCAGCCAAUAAAAAAGCAGUCAUUGUUUGUACAAUUAGAAAAUUUCCAACCGAUUUUAAGCAGUAAUUAUUGCAAAAAAAUGUGAACCAUGAAGUUUCUUCAAGUUUGGAAAACAGUUUUGUAAAAGAAAAGGAACAUCAUGUAGGUAGCUAAAAUAAGACAAAAACUGCCAUUCAUGUCUCCUUAAAAUGCAGUCCACUUGCAUAACACGCUGUGAAACAUGUUGUUCCUCUGUUCCUUCCUUUUUCCAGUUUUCUUCCUCUUCCACUUCUUUUUUUUUUUUUUUGCUAUAUUGCUUUUGUUGAAAAUCUGAUAUUAUAGAGGAAGCAGACAGGAAAAGGGGGGGGGGGGGGGGGGCGCGUUGCAUCAAAGUUCUGCAGCCAGAGUCAAACCUGUGCUGUGUUGAUGUGAUGUGCGCUUACACCAUUUGACUAUAAGUAUUCCUCCCUUUUCUGCCUUUGGUUUCUUACGACAUUUAAUUUUAUUUGACAAAUUAUAAUUAAACUGUUGCAUUGUGAAUGCUGGGUGGAUGCAAUUUACUUAUUUUUUAUUAUUUUAUUUUUUUUUGGUAGAGAAAAAUUUCAGAUAUCUGACUUUUCUGUUAUACUUUGAAUCCAAACAUUAGGACACAAAACCUUUAUUAAAGAAAUACUGCACCUGCAAA